AUCAUGAAGGAGGUGAAUUCCACCCACACCGUCAUUCCCUUCUCCUAUAACGCAGGUCAACUGUAUACCAUCCGGUCCAUGUCUUCAAUGCCAAAUCCACUGCUCUGUUGUACCAUAACGCUCAGGGUGGAUUAUGUGAUUAUGCCCCGGCUCCUUCCGAAAGGACGAUGCGGUCCCUCCGUUAUGGCUAACAAAGGGAUAGAGUUUAUUCUUCGGAAAUUAUUCCAUGGCACUAACGCACCCCGGAAUGCUACCCAUAUCUACGUAGACUAUCUCGAUGAUCCCCAGGUCCACAUCCCCCUCUUCUGGAUUCCUCGGCAGAUCACAAAGCUGACUAUCAUAUACCACUACAGACGCUGGGUACCCUUCGAUUUCCGAUAUGAGAAUCCCAUUGAUUGUCAAUGUAAUCGUCCAAUGGUUGACCGAGGAGUCAGACAGCUCUGUAUUAUGGGAUCCACGUCCGUAAUAGCGCAGCGACUUAUAACCCCUCUGAGGGAAUGGAAAUGUCUGGCUUCGCUCAUUACAACUGUCCGAGUUAGUCCAGCUGCCAUUCCGGCCCCUUUGCGAGACUCCUUGACGAGGACGAGCUAUAAUUAUAGAAAACAAUAUGUAGGGGCGAAAUUUGCCCUUCAAGCUAUGUUUGGCGAACGGUUGGACUGGUUGUCUUUCCAGAUCAACAAGCAAUAUCCCGCUAGCUCACAUUACUACAAGAAUUAUAUUCCCAUGCUGGAACAGGUCAUUCCACUGGGCUCUGUGGGAUACACUGAUCCUUUAACCAAGAAAUUUGUUGUAUUGUUCAAGGCCAUCGAUCCUACGUCUUCGAAUGAACUACGAAUUCAUUCCAUUCCGUCUAUCCUCAAGAUGGGUGGGACAAAAGUGAUCGAGGACCCCGAGUAUUCUCUAGCGUGGGAUCAUGAGUAUCAAAAGUUCGACAUCCUGCGCAAACUCGGAGCUUGGACCAAGGGGAGAUCAGAAUACAGUGUCCCUCUGGGACUUGACGUGGACAAGACGCUCUGUCUCAGUCUUGGGCGUGCUUUGUGUCAAGAACUUGAAGGCGACCAGUUCAAGAAGUGGUUGAUUGAAUACCGACAAAUCAUUAUGGACGUGUUUGGAGACAGCCAUCCCUAUAUCCGAAAGCGCCUGGACCUUGUGACAACCACGGUAGACUCUUCGCAAUAUGUUUGGUUUGCCCAUCUUGGACACAAGCUAUGUGUGGAUUCCCGGAGCGACGAGAGGUUCUACUUUCAACUUGACCCUCAGGCAUUGCGUAAUCCUGGAAGACCAUGGGGGGAGGUCAAAGUACCUCAGCGUUAUACGCAUCCCACCCCCGUUUUAGUUUCAUGGGAGCACAUCUCCGUCCGUCCUUCCUGUCCCAAUGACAUCUUCGCUAGGGACAAGUCUCUUCGGUGUAAGGACGAAAAUCUGACGCGAGAAACAGCAGCCGGUGCCCCGAUCGAACAUAUAGAUGAAAUUUGUGCUGCACUUGCUUCCUCAUAA